CUUAGUUUAGUUCGAAGGUCCUUUGCGAAGUCGUUUAAACUCGUUUGAUUGCUUUCAACUCAGUAAAAAAAAUAUUUAGGCUUAAAAUUUGUCAACAUUGUCGCAAAAAUAGCAUGAUAUUUAUGUUUGUAUUAUUUUAUCGAACAAAUUAAUGAGCGAAGACUAGGAUCUAGUUUGCGUAUUAGCUUUCUUUCGAACUAGUUCGUUCGAACUACAGAUUACUACAGAACGUAUAAUAUUCAUUCAUUUUGUGGUUAUCUGAUAGUUGAUUAAUAAUUAUUUUCUUAAUUCUUUUACUGGUUUUCUAUUUAUUUGUAAUUUAAACAUUACAUGAUUCAUAAUAUAAUAUAACCAUGUAAUAAACUAUCUUUAACAUUUCAUAAUGUUAAUAAAAAUUGAAUAAAUAUAUACUUUUUCGUCACCCUAUUUAAUGUUUGUUUAAAAGAGAAAAAAUAAUAAACAGUAAUAAACCCUUCAGUUCAAAUGCCUCCUAAAAAGCAACCUGAUAAGGGCGCAAAAGCCGGUAGCAAAGGCAGUGGCGGUGGAAAGUCGGGAGGAGAUUCGAAAGAAUCUGCUGCUAAAGAGAAAAAAGGUGGGACAGCUGUCAAGGUCCGUCACAUUUUAUGUGAGAAGCAAUCGAAAUGUUUAGAGGCUCUGGAAAAACUAAAAGCUGGUCAAAAAUUUCCCGAUGUAGCAGCCGCAUAUAGUGAAGACAAAGCGAGGCAGGGUGGAGACCUCGGGUGGAUGACUCGAGGGUCCAUGGUUGGUCCCUUCCAAGAUGCGGCAUUUGCCUUGCCUAUAUCGUCAGUUACGAACCCUGUGUAUACCGAUCCUCCAAUAAAAACUAAAUUUGGUUAUCACAUAAUAAUGGUUGAAGGCAAAAAAUGACUGGACUGGUGUUUGAAUUUGAAUAUUUCUGGGCAAUACUCUUGCUGUUCAUUAUGGAAAGGAUUUGUUGCCUACAGGAACAGUUUGAUAAGGACUUUACAAAGUUACCAGAUCCACAACAGUCAAAUGAGUUUCUCAACUCAGAACUUGAAGAAUUUUCUAACAGAGAGUAAGCGAAUAAGUAAUUUAAUAAUUUCAUAUUAAUUAAUGAUAAAUUGUUAUUACAUAAAUAUACUACAAAAAUAUUCAAAAUACCACAUUUUCAACUAAAUGAAAUAGUACAGUAUAAUAACUACACUUUUCAAUGUUUGAUAAUUAAAGUUCACCUGUAUAGUCUAAAAUGUAAAUUUAAUUCUAAAAGUUAAAAGAAAAAAAGGUAAUGUUGAUUAUGAUAAUUUAAGUUAAUUUAAGCAACUCAUUUGCUGGACAUUAUAGUAAUUAUAUAUUUUGGAAUGAUAAAAAUGACAUUAUAUCAGGAGCAUUAUGGCUGUUAACAGUUACUAUAUUCUAUGUUUAUUGUACCGCUUUUGUUGUAAAGAUAUUACAUUAUUCUGUAAUCUAUUGUUUAUAUGUUAAACAGUACCACUUAAUACCAAGUGGGCAGUAAGUUCGUAACACUUUUACCACACCAUUUGUAAAAAAAUAUGUAUGUGGUCAAUUUUGAAUCUUAGUUAGAAUAAUAAAAUUAUAAAUUGUCUGAAUCAAGUAAUAAUGUUGCAGCUCUGGUUUGAAACUGAACUUCCUUCGAUUGUGUCAUCUCAUGCAUGUGACAAUGCUCCUGAGCCUUGUUUACUUCUGUAACAUCUGCCUUUGGUUUAUGAUGACCAAAAAGGGUUCUCCUAGAAAGUUACAUUACAGAUUCAGAAUGACCAUUCCACCAUAGAUUGUCAGGAAACAUUUUAUGAAUAUAAUGUUUUUACUGUUUUUA